UGUACCGAGGCCGGAGGCGGUGUCUGUGUGACCUGGCAGGUGCCACGCGCGGCCACCUCGGCGUCGCUCCCCGGCGCGGGCCAACGGCGACCGAGGCUGCGGGCCCCCGCCCCUGAGGAGAAGGCGGUGUCUCCUCCCCGCCGGCGGGGCUGGGCUGGGCCGGGCCGGGCCCGGCUGGGCGGCCGCCAUCGCCGGGGUGCCGGGAUGGGGCUCGGGGGCUGGUGGCGGGCGGCGCUGGCCCUGCGGGCGGCGGGCGGCUGCUGGAGCCGGGCGGCAGCGCCCGGUGAGCUGGGCAGGGCGGGAAUGGGUCCGUGCGGGGCUUGGCCGGCGCCCGGGCACAGCCCGGUGCGGCUGCGUUUGGCGGCGCUGCCCGCCCCGAGCGCGUCCCGCGGCCGGGCUGACUGGCCGUGCCUCCCGCCAGGCCCCCCCUGCCGCAGCCUGUGCGCCGCCGCGGCGCCGAACCAGGAUCUCUCCUACCAGGAGCUCAAAGACUUGAAGAAGGCACACGUCCUUCACAUUGACGUGCGGGAGAGGUGGGAGAUCGACAGGUUUGGAAAAAUCCCGGAGUCCAUCAAUAUACCGCUGGGUGAAUUAAUGGAAGCUCUACAAAUGGACCCCACGGAGUUCAAGGAGCAGUAUAAUCAAACUAUGCCAUCCAAGUCAGACCCUGUGGUUUUCUCCUGUUUGGCAGGAACAAGAAGUAAACAAGCACUUGGUUUUGCCAUGUCCUUGGGUUUCAGUAGAGUUCAGCAGUAUGCUGGUGGCUUUGAUGACUGGGUAAAACAUGAACCUCCAGAAAAGAAAUGAAGAUGACAGCCCCACCCCUUACCCUAUCAAGGCUUCAGGAUGGCUUGGAGGUUUUAGCAAACCACAUGCAUUCCACUUCCAUAAUAAAGCUCACUACUGGCUUCUUGUGUCAAUGGACAUUCACCUUCAAACAGCCAUGCAUAUCAACUGCUUCGUUUAUAUUAUACCUGAAGACUAUGACACAAACAGAGGACAUUAAAUUUGCUCAUCUUUCAACCUUUAUUUUGGGUUAUGGUUUUGGUGAAUGCAUGUGAAGAGACCCUAAGUGCAGAUUAUGUUUACUUUUUUGUAUGAUGUAGUUUAUGACUGCUUAAACUAAUGAUGAUAGGACAAAUAAAAUUAUUAUUUCUCAAA